AUGAGUAUGGUUAUUAAUAGUUUAUUAGAGGAGGAUCAACAUUUAUUAGAGAGAAAAAGUAAUCAACAAUUGGAAUCAGAAGAAUUCAGACAAGAUGUCCAAGAUGAAUUCGAAUUCAUUCACACUGAAGUGAAGAGAUAUUAUCCAGAUGCACUCAAAGUUGGAAAGUUAUAUAAAAAAUCACGAUUUCUCAAACGUUACAAUGAACGAUACUUUGUAUUUUAUAAUGGAAUAUUAAUUUACUAUAAAGAUAGAUAUAGUUUUAAAAGAAUUGAAAUAGAAAGUACAUCUGAAGUUAUAAGGGUUGAUAAAUACAGAUUUGAAAUUCAAAUUCCAUUCAAAACUUACAAAUUACAAGCUUCAUCUGAAAAUGAUCAAGCUGAAUGGAUCACAGGUCAAAAAAUAAUUACAGGUCAUCUUUUAGCCUUAACUCAUGUGGCAACAAAUUCAACCAUUUCACCAAUAAUUUCUUCAUUUUGUACAAAACCUAAGCCCGAUGUCGACAUCUGA